GGCUACAGCUGUGGCCGCAGUCAUGGCAACAAAUUCUGCACAAAUAGAAGUGGGUAUUAAAAAUGCGGAAAAGGAUUCGCCACAGCAGGCAAAUGUGUCAGCUUAUCAACGAGAAAGUGUAAAGCCGAAAGCGAUUCGCGCGGAAGCUGCAGCGUUGGAGACUUCUGCAGUAGAAUUUAGCGAAGGUCGUGGCAAGUAUAAGCGACGCAAAAUGUUGAAGUACCUGCAGCCGUUGCUGGUUGGUGUUUUAAUUGUAAAGUUCAUCCUGCUGCCGCUCGUUCUGAAAACGUUAACCGCGCUCUCGACAUCGUCAUUUGUGAUGAGUAAAAUUGCAUUGGCAACUGCUGGACUAUUUGUGCUUAAAUGGCUAUUUUCCGGUUCCGAGGACGGCAGUGGCUACAAUGGAGGCGUCAAGGAGCGAACACAUUUCGAGAUUGUACAUUUACCAUUGCCACUGACGAAAACAUAUCAAAGGGGAAAUGCAGGUGGUGACGUCGUUGGUGGUUGGAGUGAUUUAUCGCUAAGUGGCAGCAACAGCAUAUUGGCUGUAAAGCAUGCAAACAACAAGCCCAGCAAAUAUAUACCAGUAAAUAGCGCCAAGGAAAUGGCUCAUAUGGUGGCAGCUGCAGUGGCGACAGACAGCGUCGGCGGCAAUAGCUAUCGAAGCACGCGACCUUAUGCUCGUCCCUAUGACGCUGCUUUUUAUGGUAAACCUUUUUUGUAAAAGCGCAUAUUUUUGAUCAGGCGAUUUCCCAACGAUUACACUGGCAUUUAC